AUGCUGAGUGGGCUCACAGGCGGGAAAGCAAAUGUGGUGGCCACCACAGCCCAGAGGUCAGGGGCAAACCGAAUUUCUGAAAUUGUUUUUGUGCGUUGGCGUGGUGUUUUUCUCUUUUGUUUUUUUGGGUGCCAUCGUUUUUGGUUCGUCUGUGCUCCAAUGGGGGGUGCCGCAUGCACCGCUGAGAGCCUCGAGCGAACGCAGUUGGCGUCUCUCUUUUGUUGGGUUGCCGUCCUGGGCACAUGCGCCUGUUCCGUCUUGUUUGGGCUGCACGCACUGAUCGGGCAGUCUGAGGCUACGGCUGCGCUGGUGUCGCCCUCGCUUGCGACCGGAACGAAGCAGCAGGAAAGGGUGUUGCCGCUUUUAUUCCGCAGGGUUUUGUGUUUUUCCGGGAGUGGCGGAGGAGCUUCGAAUAACUUCUUUUUGCAGGCAUGA